UUAGAGAGAGAGAGUGUAGAGAGAGAAGAAAGGGUUCUGUGCCGCGGAGACUGAUGAGUAGACAAGUGGUAGUGAAAUCCCACAUCCAUAGGCGGGAAUAACGCCAUCUCCAUUUGAAAAAAACAAAUCCCAGAGUGAGAAAAAAAAAAAAGAAAAAAAAAAGUAGUAAAAGAGAAAAUUAUUAUUGUAUUUGAAUAAUAAAAAAAGAGAGAGUGGAAUAAAUAGAGACUUCUCUCUAUUCCUCUGAAUUAUCAUCUACAUUUGUGCUGACAUUCCGUAGAUCUCUCUGCAGAUUGUAGCCUUUUUUUAGGUAUAUAUUUUGUUUCUAUCCACUGCAGAUGAAUCAUCAUUCUUGACUAAUUUAAUUGUCCUGAUUUUUAAUCAAGGCUCCAUUUUUAUUUUUCUCUACAAUCAUCUAAGAUGAAGUGUUUGUGAGGGGUUAUUUUUGCUGGAGAUUGAGAUGGACCGCCGGAGUUGGCUCUGGCGGAGGAAGUCUUCCGAGAAAAGUCCUGGUGAAACUGAGAGCUCGGGAUCGGCGUCGUCUCAUUCUGAAAGAUUCUCUGAUGAUCAGGCAUGGUUGAACCAUCAUACUCAAUCUCCAGAAGUCACAUCUAAAGCUGCGCCCAGUGAUGAACUUAAUGAUAGUGUGAAGACUCUAUCAGAGAAGCUCUCAGAAGCUCUUCUCAACAUCAGGGCCAAAGAAGAUUUGGUAAAGCAGCAUGCAAAAGUUGCAGAGGAAGCUGUCUCAGGAUGGGAAAGGGCUGAAAGUGAAGUGUUGGCUUUAAAGCAACAACUUGAGGUUGCAACUCAGAAGAAUUCAUCCCUUGAAGAUCGAGUUAACAAUCUUGAUGGAGCUCUCAAGGAGUGUGUUAGACAGCUUCGACAAGCUAGAGAAGAGCAAGAUCAGAAGAUUCAUGAAGCUGUUGCCAAGAAAACUCGUGAAUGGGAAUCAACAAAGUCUGAACUCGAGAGUCAGCUUGUUGAGCUCCAGUCUCAACAUGAAGCAACUGUAGCCAAAUCCCUUACCUCUAUUGAUCCUGAAUCCCAAACCAAGCUUGAGGCUGCUGAGAAAGAAAACUCAGCUCUAAAGCUUGAGCUCCUUUCCAGGGUCGAGGAGCUAGAAAUUAGGAUUAUUGAGAGGGACUUGAGCACCCAAGCUGCUGAAACCGCUAGUAAACAACAUUUGGAGAGCAUAAAAAAGGUGGCUAGGCUUGAAGCAGAGUGCCGCAGGCUAAAGGCUGGGGCCCGCAAAGCAUCGUCUGCGAAUGAUCACAGGUCUGUUACUGCCUCGUCAGUUUAUGUUGAAUCCUUCACAGAUAGCCAAUCAGAUAGCGGGGAGAGGCUAUUGGUGGUUGAUAACGAAAGCCGCAAGAUUAGUGGUUUAGAGUCGAAUGAGUGUGAACCUAGCCAUUCUGAUUCAUGGGCAUCGGCUCUAAUUUCAGAGCUUGAUCAAUUUAAGAAUGAGAAUGCUAUUCGAAGAAACGUCAUGGUCCCUUCGGUUGAUAUUAAUCUCAUGGAUGAUUUCCUUGAAAUGGAAAGGCUCGCUGCAUUACCUGAGACAGAAAGUGGAAGCUGUUGCCCAGAAUCGGGAGCUUUGUCUGACCAACCCCAUGGCGGGGAAAGCCAUUUAAAAGCUGAACUCGACGCAAUGAUUAAUCGGACGGCUGAAUUGGAGGAGAAGUUAGAGAAGAUGGAAAUGGAGAAAGUGGAAUUGGAGAUGGCAGUAACUGAAUGCCAAGAUCAAGUUAAGACAUCAAGAGAUCAGUUAAUGGACGUAGAGCUGAAGUUGGUGGAGCUUCAAACUCGGUUAGAUAUGGUCAACGAAGCAAACAGUGCAUUAGAGGCAGAGCUUGGGUCUUCAAAUGCAAAUAGACAAUCGGCAGAGUCGGAAUUAGUUGAAGUAGAGCUGAAGUUGGUUGAGCUUCAAACUCAGUUAUCUAUGGCAAAUGAAGCAAGAAGUGCAUUUGAGGCAGAGCUGGGGGCUACCAAUGCAAAGAGAGAAUUGGCAGAGUCACAAUUAAUGGUUGUUGAAGCUGAGAUUAAAACCUUGCUUUCAAAAGUUGGUUUUUUGGAAGAAGAGGUUCAAAAGGAGAGAGCUUUGUCAGGGGAAGCUGUCAUUAAGUGUCGGAAAAUGGAAGAUGAGAUUCAAAAGGAGCGGGCUUUGUCAGGGGAAGCUGUGGUUAAGUGUCGGAAAAUGGAAGAUGAGAUUUUGAGAAUGAAACAUGACGUUGAGAUCCGGAAUACAGCAAGCUUGAGCGGAGAUUUGAAGAUAAAACAGGACAAGGAGCUAGCAAUAGCCAGCAGUAAAUUUGCAGAGUGCCAGAAAACAAUCGCCUCUCUUGGGCGGCAAUUAAAAUCCCUUGCAACAUUGGAAGACUUCCUAAUGGACUCCGAGAAAACAACAGAGCUCCCUAAAGAAGGAUCACAAUUUCCUGAAGAUGGUCCUGAAUCAUUGAAACUACCUUCUCGUGACUUGCAUUCGCCAAAAAACGAUUCUGAAGAUCCAAAAACGAUCUCCAGUUGUCCCGGUCCACUAGAAAAUGGUGGGGAAGCAGGCUCGUUGCUAUCAAGAAGCCAGCAGCAGGCUGUUACUGUUGAAAAGAGCCGAAAUGGAUUUGGGAAGUUGUUCCCUCGGAGUAAUAGCAGGAGACAGAAUGAAACUCGGUGAGAAUAUAAAAUAGCAAUAAUAAAUAUAAAAGUGAAACUAAGAAGGGUUUCAAGCUUGGGAUUGUAUAGCAGAAUUCAUGAUUUGUUCUUGUUAGCAAUGAUAACAUUAAAUGUAUGAGAAUUUAGAUAUAUAUAUAUAUAUAUAUAUGUUAAAUUA